UAAGCGAUCGACAAUAAACGGGCGACAAGUGGCGAAAGAGUUCGUGAAACCUAGUGCCUUACCACUAUACCAUACCAUAGGUCACAGUGCUUAAUAAUUUGUAACAAAAUAACCAUAGCAUAGUUCAUGGUUGGCAUAAUUACACUGUAAAAAAAGUGAAUGUGUGCAAUAUUUGCCCGGCGUACAGCAUCCGGGAGGAUUUCUCAUCGCAGCGAUUAAUGGUGUUCUUGUCGCAGCUCGUUACGUCAGGGUGUUAAACACCACAAAUUCCUAACACUAAGUGCAAAAGACCGAUACUAUAACAUGAUAUAGUGUUCUUCUAUAACGACUUUAACAGAAAUGGAUGCUGAUAGCAGCUAUGGCGGCAGCGACACCGCUCAGGAUUCGCAUUCCGGUCAUGAUAACAGUUCCUCGCUAGAAACCACCCACAAUGACGUCGCAACUACUGUCCCCGAUGUGGACGCCCAACAGCAAGAGCCAAACAACUUCUACCACAAGAACGAAAUUACCCUUCCAGUUAAUUACGAUGAAGCGGAUUUCCAAGAGAAUAAGUCCACGAAACAGCCCCAUUAUCUCUCGACAGCCAAUCUCAAUAUCAACGAUACGCUCGAACACCAUAGUAAUCUCGAAGAGAUGAACAAAAACUAUAAAAGUACGAGUUACUUGAACGAGUCGCCGAGGAUACGAAAGAAGUCCACCGAAGGUGUCGAUAAUCCUGCGUUCCAGGAAGAAGAGUACAAACCGGAAGUCAAAUCGACUUUCGACAAUAAUAAGCCAUAUAAUGGAGACUUGAAUUCCUCGGCCAUGAUGGGGUUGACGUCGCCAAAUAAAAACGAGGAGCCUUUGACUGAAGCUGUUAAUUUAGAAUUAAUCAAUCUUAAGCCUAUGGGGAAGGAUGUGACGGGUGCUUAUGAGAAUGGUACUAACGGAAUGACUAGCAUUCCGGUUAAGAAAGAAAAUGAUGCCGAAAUCGGUAAUCCCUACGACGAGUAUUUCGUCCCCGUUAAUGAACACAGAAAAUAUAUGAGUAAAACUCGAAAAGGUCGCAACAGCGUCACUUUUGCCGAGAUGAUUGCCACAUCUGGAGUUGACAAUAUGACUGGACUGUCCAUAACAGCCCCGGAACAGGGUGUAGUGGAAUACCCAGACUGGCUGACGUCAUUAGAAAAUACACGGGGCGAAAAACUGUAUGUUACCAUGGACAAAAGGAACAAAAAGAAAAGAAAUAAGUGUUUAUGUUGGGGACUUUGCUUAUGUAUCGUCGCCGCAGCUGUUAUCAUUGGCAUCUUAGCAGCAGUCGGUGUAAUUGGAAAUCAAGGACCUCAUCCGAUUCACGAAGUAAGCGCACGUCACUUCGGUUCUUCUGCGUCAGACGACGCACCAAUACAUAAAGGAGGUAUUUUCGGGCUUCCACAAGACAUAGUUAACGAAACGACGAUACUCCCGGAAGUUUCAACACGGCGUCUUACACCAGAACCUCCCGUUGUCACAGUUUCCAGUAUGUUGCCUUCCACAGAAACAUCUAUGAUACAAGUUCCUCGGGCAUUGGAAUCCCAGUUUGUGAUAGAUAACCUACAGUUCACUCCUGCCCUAUCCAAUAAAAAUAGUAGUGAAUACAAGCAACUUGCUGAAGAGUUAGAGACUGUCUUGAAAAACUCCUUAUUUUCUAAUAGUGAAUUAAAUUUUGGUUCGGCUGACAUUGAAGUCAAAGUUAUGGAUUUCGCAUCUGGAAGUGUUGUAGUAAAAUACCGUAUUACAUGGGUUUUCAAAGAUGGAAUUCACAAUCCCAAAGAUCCAGUUAACGAGGAAUCAUUGACAAACAAAGUAAAAAAUAUCAUCGAGGGCAAUAACGGCUUCAUGAAUACUUACCACGUUGUCGAUAAUAGUGUCGUCGUAGAAAGAGUACUCGAUCUAUGUAAAAUUGAUAAUCACGGAUGUGAAUACAACUGCUCAUUCGAUUAUAAAUUAGCAGAUUUUGUUUGUUCUUGCCCAGAUGGAAAAUACUUAAGUAGUGAUAAAAAAUCUUGCACUGAUGAAAUGAUAUUUGAACAUGAACAUGUACAUCCUCACGAACAUUACUUCCACACUACGAUGCAUCCAGAACCAGAACCUUCUGCUGAACCUGAACCAAUCCAUGACCAUGAUCACCACAACCAUGACCACAACGAUCAUCAACACGAUUAUCAUACCACUAUAAAUCCACAACCAGAACCAGAACCGUCUGCAGAACCCGAACCAGCCCAUGAUUACGAUCAUCACGAGCAUCAUCAAUACUAUCACACAACUGUAAUUCCACAGGCAGAACCAGAACCUUCUUCUGAACCAGAACCUUCCUCGGAACCAGAACCAGUACAUGACCACAAUAAAGACGAUCUAUUUUACCACACAACUACUAAACCAGAACCAGAACCAUCCGCUGAACCCGAAUCUACCCAAGAUCACCAUGAUCACUACCACUUCCAUCAUGAAAUUGUACCCACAGCUGAACCAGAACCAGAACCAACCUCUGAACCAGUAACGGAAGCAAAAAUUGUUGAAAUUCAUCAUCAUUCUGAGGAAGUACGACCGGAGCAGAUCAACCCAGAGGCUGAACCAACUGACAAGCCUGAAGAAGUUUCACAUGAAAAUUAUAUUCAUUUCCCCCAUACUGAAAUGAAUAGCGUAGAAACCACUACAGAACCCAAGGCAGAACCUAUUACAGAAGCACAUGAUCACCAUAAUCAUUUUGUGGCCGUGCCUGUUGAACCUGAAUCGGAGCUUAACAUAGAGAUGACCACUGAAAAACAAAUGGACAGAACAGAACCUAUAGAUAACGUAGAAAUUACCACUAGAUCGAACGUGGAAGCUAACGUAGUCGCUAUUUUGUCAACUAGCACCGAACAUAACGUAGAACACAGCAGUGAACAUAACGUAGAACAUAGCACCGAAUAUGACCUAGAACACAGCACCGAACAUAAACAUGAAAUUGAAAUUGCGCCGGAACCAGCGGCUGAACCCGUUACAGAAAAUAAUCCAGUUAUUACCACAAAUACAAACGCUGAACAUAGUGUCAAACAUUCUAUGAUUGAUGAAACGCUAACACCUAUUGCAGAACCUACACCCGAACCAGAACCGGAACCCACUCCUGAACCUGUUGCUGAACCUACGUCAAUUCCAGUAGAAGUCCAUAAUUCACAUGUCGUUGAAGAAACUAGCUCUGAACAUUUUGCAGUCCAUCAUGAAAGUGAACACAGCACAGAACCUGUCGCUGAACCAACCGCAGAACCGACAAUAGAACAUAACACUGAACCUGUUGCCGAACCACUUCCGGUACUUCCACUGGAAUACAAUACUGAGCAUUUCCCACAAACCACAUUGCAACCAAAUUCUGAACACAGUACGCAAAACCAAAUUUCUUACGAUGAAAAAAAUGUAGAACUACACGAUCACAUACCGGAAACUUCUUCACAUGCAACAAGUACAUCUGAAUCUGAACAUAAAGCGGAAAUAAUCACAGAAGUUGUUAGGCCUACCACUACUAUGAGCACUAAAAUGGAAAAUGUCACCGACCACGAAAUCAAAAUUGUUGAUUCUUCAGACGAAACGAUGACUGAAACUUCAUCUUCAUUCGCUGUACACUCGGUUUCUGAAACAACAACAGAAUCUAGAAACGACGUACAUGUUUCUGUUUCUUCGACAGAAUCUGCUCCACCCACCACAAAUGUAUAUACAUCUGGCAAUGAACUUAGAUAUAAUCACCUAGCAAGCGAAAUUUUCGCAGAACCUGAAGAGACAACAACAAUGAAUAAUCAACCUCAAGAAAUGUCAAGUCCUGAAGCAACUACUUCUAACCAAGAAUUGAAUUCCAGUAUUUCUACUAAUGUUGUUACCGAAGAAAGUAUUGUUGUAAAUACUUUAACUCCCGAAAUACAUGUAGACAAGUCCAUAACAACAAACAUAUAUGUAACAACAACUCGUCAGCCUUUGGUUGAAUCGUCUAGUACAAAGGAAGAACACGAAGAAAAUCUACUAAUACCAGUAUCUGUUAAUGAACAAGCACGACAUUUGCAAGUGCAUACUAGUACAGAACAGCCAGAAAAUGACACAAAUACUGUAUCGGUCGUCGUUAAUGACAUGCCAUUAAUGUUACAUUCAGAUGAUAUAGAAAUCAAAAACAUCACUACCACCCAGAAACCUGAAGAAAUGACUACUCAGCCAUCCGAAAUGACUAAAAUGCUUACAGAAAUGCAUCAACCUGACCAUUCAACUGAAACAACUCUUGAAGCAUCUUCCAAUAACACUCAUAUGCAUGGAACAAUAGUUGAAAGCACCGAAAACACUAGUGCUAUGGACAAUAUGUCGCCUUUCCUUCCAGAAAUCGACAAUGACACAUUCGUUAAUAAACUGCACUUAGGAGAACAUGUGAUUCCUCAUAUUCAGAAUGAAACUCACGAUGAUGAAGGCGCUGAAACUUCACCACCACCUCGUCUUGACAAUGACCAAAUGAAUGUAACAAAUCCGCAAGACCCUACCAUAACUGACAGUGCGUUAAAAGUCGUUCCUUUGGAAGGCGGCGAGAACGAAAUUGUGGAAAAUGUCACAAAAUCAGCAUCAGACAAAAUUGAUGAAGAACCAAAACAAAUUGAGUCUCACAUUAUUCCAGUUUUGAUGCAACAAGAUGCACCAGUUACAACAAGUGAAGCGUCUUCAGCCGUUACAGACAACCAAAGCGAACAUUCAGUUGUUGUUUCAAAAGAAAGCGAACCUGAUAUGGUACCAGUGAUAGUAUCACAAGAACCAAUAACCACAACGACUAUGGUUUCGACACCAACAGAAAAUGAAGUUGGAGCAAACAAAACAAUUAAUUUAACUGAAAAUAGCAGUGAUACUAUAGUGAAAAAUAACGAAAAUAUUUCUGAUAUUACUCUAGUUCAAACAACCACUACUUCUUCUUCUGGAGAAACUAUAUUUACUACACUACCACCAGAGAUAUUAAAUAAUGUACACGUUAACAACUUCUUUGAAAAUACUAAAAACCAACAAGAAACAACUACUUCUUCUUCUGGAGAAACUAUAUUCACUACACUACCGCCAGAGAUAUUAAAUAAUGUACACAGUAGCAACUUCUUUGAAAAUACUAAAAACCAACAAGAAAAUAAAAAUGAUGGAAAUGAAUACAGUACAAGUACAGAAGAUUUGAUAGCUUUGGAAACAACAACCAAUAGAGAAAAAGUUCCUGAAUAUCGAAGCGUUACAAUCGAUCAAACAACGGAAAUUUUAAAAAGCAAUCAGAGUGCUACAACAGUUCAUGCAGAAAUUGUAGAUACAGUGACGGAAUCAAUUAAUUUCAAUAAUGAUAUGAAUGCAACUGUUAAUGAAACGGUUACCAACUCAGUAAGGACACCUGUCGGAGAAGAAACAACUACUAUCUUUUCAAAUGAAAUUACUACAAUACCUACACCAGACAAUUCUUCUCAUGCUUAUGAAGUAAAUGAGUCUUUAGCUGAUGUUACAACAACUGAAAAACUUUUCGUCACUGCAAAAUCAACAACCGAAAAUCCUAUAAUUACGAAAGCUGAUUAUGAAGAUCUAUCUGUUGUACCAUUAGACCCCGAAGACGAAAACGAAACUGCCAAAGUUAAUGAAAAGCGUGUAGUUCAUGACACCAUUACUCAGCUAGAUUCUGACACAAGUGACAGUUUCAAUGAUAUAUCAGAAGAAGAACAGGCAGUUAUGGAUAAAUUCCAUCACAACGACAACGAUAUUAAUGCAGUUAAAGAAAAUUCCAAUGAUGCAACUACUAGCAAAAUUGACGAGAGCGACACUAACACGGAAAUUGGUGGUGAACUAUCCAAAUACGAUGAAAGUAAAUUCAACAAAAAGAGCUACUACGAUAAAGAAAAACCUAAAUUUGAGAAAAAGGUUAAGUUAGAAAAAGUUAUCAGUACUAUCACUGAUGACGAACUUUUGACAUCGUCUGCACCAAAUGAUAAGCAACCCCAUCCGUUCAGUGAUAUCAGGCCCGUAACAGAAGAUUUUGCAAUUCCUGAUUUUGCCAGAUGUACCUACGGUCAGUUCCACUGUGUGAACGGAACAUCUGUAAAAGACGGUAGUUACUGUAUUCCAGAAAAUGAUCGCUGUGACUCCGUAGAUGACUGCAGUGAUGCUUCUGACGAAAUCGACUGCGUUAAAAACGGAUGUCCAAACAAUUUCCAAUGUGCAAGUGGACAAUGCUUAAAGAGACAUCUAGUGUGUGAUGGUAUCCAAAACUGUAAUGAUGGUAGCGACGAAACUGGAUGCGACCACUGGACAUGCCGAUUCGAUGAAUUCUCUUGCGGACCCGGAAGCCGUUGCCUUCCCAUCAUUUGGAAGUGUGAUGGUAGAUCACAGUGUCUGGAUGGAUCAGAUGAGCACAACUGUCCUUCAAGUCAAUGCAGUGAAGAUUCUUUCCACUGUACAGAACAAAAUGCGUGCAUACCAAAGAGUUGGACAUGUGAUGGAAAAUCCGACUGUUUGAAUGCAGAAGAUGAAAAGUCAUGCGCAUGUGCAAGUGAUGAAUUCAGGUGCGCCAUUGGUGGAGGAUGUAUCAAAAAAGAACAAACAUGUGAUGGUGUGCCUCAAUGUGCUGAUCAGUCGGAUGAAUGGAAUUGCUGGCGAUUAGAAAAAGAAACCGACAAUAAAAAAAUUUUAGAGGUACGGGUUGCUAACAGCUCGUGGUAUCCGAUUUGUUCCAACAACUGGAAUCAAACCUAUUCGGACUCGGUAUGUCGCAGUUUGGGUUAUGGCGGUUCCACUUCAAGUGAAAAUGUAGAUAAAAAAGAGGACUGUGACACAUGUUUUAAACUCAAGCCCGAAUUGACAUAUGGAGUUUCCCUUUUAUCUCAACUCGAAAAAGCCGACAACUGUGAAGCUCAUGUUUCUAUAACUUGCCAAGAAUUUUCUUGCGGAAGUCAUUCUACUCUUGACAUACAAUCAGCGCGUAUAAUUGGCGGAAAUCGUGGAGUUGAAUCACAAUGGCCUAGUUUGACACUUCUCUACAACAAGAGGCACAAUUUACAAUGUACUGCAACACUCAUAGCACCAACAUGGGUUGCUGCUAGUUAUUCUUGCAUCUUCAACUCUAACUCACAAGCGCCAGUACUACCAAACGACUGGAUCUUGUAUGCAGGUAGUACCAACUUCUUCAGUAAUCCAGACAAUUCAACUGUACAAGUUGGCCAAAUCAAACGUAUCCUUCCACAUCCACAGGCCAAAUUUUCACAAUUUGAAUAUACCAAUGACGUAGUUUUGGUAGAACUCACUAAACCGUUAACGAUAACGAGAAACGUUAGCGCUAUGUGUUUACCGGAUAAAGACAUAGAACCAAGACAGCUAUGCGUAAUCGCAGGAUGGGGAGUUAGCAAACCAGGAGAACCCAGCAAGAAUCAAUAUCUGCAUUAUUUGCCCGUUCCCGUAAUUGAUUCAGAAGAAUGCAACUCCACCAAACACUAUAAUGGUUUAAUGAGUAAAGACAAAAUCUGUGCUGGUUAUACAGAUUCUGAGAAAACUCCAUGUUAUAAUGACGAGGGUGCGCCCUUGAUGUGUUUCUCAGACAACGCCAGCACUUGGGAACUGCAGGGUAUUCUCAGCCACCAUGAUAAUUGCGCAAAAAGCAAACAUCCUGCAAUUUACACUUCGAUAAACGAGAGAAUGAGGAAGUGGGUGAUAAAUACCAUAGGCCAGAAACCAGCGAGAAAUGCGUAAUCGUGAUUUUGUAUUAUAGACUUUGUUGUAACAUAGCAGACAUAGGUUUACCAAUUAUUUCUUAACAGACAUAUUAUGUAGCUCAAUUACUACUUAAAUUUCCAUCUUAAGGUUUGAAAAUAAAGUAACUAACUUCCACUUUUACUUAAAGCAAAAGUGGAAACUAGUCAGUAAAAUUAACAGAUUUUUAUCGCUAGUACGCAUACUAAAUGUUCGUGGUUAUUAAAAGUUAAAUGUUGUUAAAUUUCAUGCAGAUUAAUGUGUAAGUAUUUUGGUAUCAAUUUUAAAACUGUUGUAAAUAUUGUAUAGUUUAAUUACUAUUAUUAUUUUAUUUCUGUUACUGUUAUAUCCAUCAAUUUUUUUACGUAACUAUCUAUUUUAUUCAUCCAAGGUCGAAGUCCGUCCAAUAAAUUUAAAUUAAAAACAUAUUUUUGUUUUUGUAGUUCGCUAGUCACACAUUCUUGUGCCAAUAUACAAGUGCAUGUGACGGUAAAGGACCAUCAUGUUGUGUAAAUAAAUCUUUUAAUAUUUACGUAGAUACAUCCAUCCCAAUUAGGCUUGUAUUGUCCAAAUUUUGUUUAUAAUAAAGAUAAUAAAACACCAAA